AUGAAUAAAGUCUCGUAUAGAAUGCUUAAUCAAGAUCUAUUGACUGAAAUGCCAGCCGGAACAGUUAUUCUUCUUGGUACUCUAGUCGCUAAAGAAGAAGAUCUCUACUUAUCUGCGCCCGAUGGUGCUACAUUGAAGAUCCGUAUGACCGAUGAGGCCGAUAUCUACAAACUAGCUGAUUAUGAAGACGAAUCCAUUCUUCUGGUUGGCACUAUCAAUGGCGAGCAGAUCCAAGCUAAAUCUUGGGCUCGGUUUGAAUCAAGCAUUGAUACUAAGUUGUACCAAGAGACAUUUUUGGAGAUGCAGAAACAUCCCCAACUCUUCUGUGCUGAUGCCGAGGAAUCACUUGAGUAG